UUUAACCUCACCAACAGCGCAUGCCAACCUUGCUUCAAGAACUUUUACCAGCCCAACAAAGGAAGAGUGGCUUGCUUUCCCUGCCCACCAAACACUUUCACUGAAGGACCAGGAACAGUUUCUUUGGAUAAAUGUCGUGCCGCCUGUCCACCUGGCUCAGACAUGCAGGGCACCUCGUGUGUGCCCUGUGCCCGGGCUCCUACCGGACAGGACUUGUGGCAGACGACAAGUGUCAGAACUGCUCCGCUGGCAACACCACCGCCACCACCAGCUCCACCUCGUCCACCGACUGUUAUCAGCCUGCCUGUUCCCCUGGUUACAAGCGUAACACCACCACUAACCAGUGUGAACUGUGUCCUUACGGCUACUACCAGCCUGAACAGUGGCAAGACGAGUGUAGCCCAUGUAACACCAACUUCACCACCAACAACACCGGCAGCACCAGCUCCAGCGACUGUAUAUUUGUGUGUCCAGCGGGGUCCGAGGACCCUGGUAACCACACCUGUCAACCUUGCCCGAGAGGAUCGUACCGCGCCAACUCGUUACAAGACCGAUUCCUCAGGUGCACCGCAUGUAACACCAGCUUCACCACCGUCACCACCGGCUCUACAUCAUCUAACGACUGUAACAUCACUGCCUGUUCCCCUGGUUACAUGCGUAACGCCACCACUAACCAGUGUGUGCUGUGUCCUUACGGCUACUACCAGCCUGAACAGUGGCAAGACACGUGUAUCCCAUGUAACACCAACUACACCACCAACAACACCGGCAGCACCAGCUCCAGCGACUGUCUAUUUGUGUGUCCAGCGGGGUCAGAGGACAUUGGUAACCACACCUGUCAACCUUGCCCGAGAGGAUUUUACCGAUCCAGCUUGUUACAAGACCGAUUCCUGAAGUGCACCGCAUGUAACACCAACUUCACCACCGUCACCACCGGCUCUACAUCAUCUAACAACUGUAACAUCACCGCCUGUUCUCCUGGUCACCGGCGUAACAUCACCACUAACCAGUGUGAACUGUGUGAUUACGGCUAUUUCCAGCCUGAACAGUGGCAGGACACUUGUAUCCCAUGUAACACCAACUACACCACCAGCAACACCGGCAGCACCAACCCUAGCGACUGCAAAUUCGUGUGUCCACCCGGUUAUGAAGACCCGGGUAAUCAGACAUGUCAGCCAUGCCAGCAAGGAUAUUUCCGAUCAAACUCCCUCGCUGAUCGGUUCCUUGGGUGUACUGCGUGCACUGCCACCUUCACUACUGCAGGCAUCGGUUCGACAUCGAGCAACAGCUGUAACAUCACUGCCUGCUCUCCAGGUUACAUGCGUAACUCCAGCACUAACCAAUGUGUAGCAUGUAACUAUGGCUACUACCAGCCUCUCAAGUGGCAGGACAUGUGUCUUCAGUGCAACGCCAACUACACCACCGCCAACACUGCCAGCACUAACGCAAGUGAUUGCAGAUUCUAUUGCCAGCCCGGGUACGAGGUCCAAGCUCCCGGGAAGACGACGUGUUCCCCGUGUUCCAGAGGAACGUACAAGACCAACGACGGUGACGACAAGUUCCGGGCCUGUCAGAACUGCAGCAGCGGAAAUACCACAGAUGGCACUGCGGCCUGGUCUGCCAGUCUCUGCAACAUCACGGUGUGCGCGGCCGGCCAGGUGAUCAUGAACGGCAGGUGUGUGCCCUGUUCAGCAAAUUUUUACCAGAAUGAAUCACUCCCCUUCUCCUACACCAAGUGUACCGCUUGUCCACCUGGUACUGGGACCAGACAGGACGGUCAAACAUCCCAGGCGGCCUGCUUACCAAUGUGUGGGCCUGGACAACAGUACAACUCCACAGUCAGCCAGUGUGUCGCCUGUCCUCAAGGCAAGUGGAACUCUGGCAACGCCUCCCAGCAGUUUGACCCCUGUGCCCCUUGUCCUGCCACCUACGUCACUGUUGGGGAAGGAGCCACCAGUGCAGAUAACUGCACCCUGAAGGACUGCCCACCUGGUGAGUAUAUUGCGACGAAUGACAGCUGUAAGCCUUGUCCUAACGGCACGUACCAAGAUGCAAGAAGACAGUAUAACUGUAGAACAUGUCCUGCUGGAACAAACACUUCUUCAGAAGGUACCACGGAUGUCAAAUACUGUACAGUGUACUGUAAUGCUGGGCAAGAGCAGAAAUCGAAAACGGAAAACUGCACGAGCUGCCUCCCUGACUUCAUCAAGAAUUUUGAUGGCUACGGACCUUGCACCCAGUGCACUGGGAACUUUACAUCUAAUGCAGCUAGAACCGUGUGUGAUGUCUUGUACUGCGACAAAGGAUUUCGACAUAAUGCAGGUGGAAGUUGUGAUCCUUGUGAAGUUGGCUUUUACAAGGACCAGCGAGGGAAUUCAUCCUGCAUACAAUGUCCAGCCAAUUCAACAACAGCAAGUGUAGCUUCUACUAGCAUCGAUAACUGCACCAUAGCUUUCUGCGAGCCUGGCCUGUACUCUGUAACCAACCAAUUACCAUGCCUGCCUUGUCCACUGGGAACUUACAAGAAUGAGACAGGAAACCAGAACUGCAGCCUGUGUCCUGCAGAUCGAACAACACCUCAUACAGGCAGUGUCUCAGCAAACAGCUGUUCUCUUGUUGUGUGUCCUGCUGGCCAGUUCCGUAACACCAAUAAUAUGUGUCAAGACUGUGACACUGGCUACUAUCAGUCACAGCCUGGUCAGACUACCUGUCAGUCAUGUGUUGCUAACUAUACAACAUACACCAAGGCAUCAACCUCACCUGAAAACUGCACAAUUAACUGCCCACCUGGACAAUUUCGGGAUACCAGGACUUCGUGUCAGAAAUGUGUGGUGGGCUCUUAUCAGCCAAACUAUGGAGCAGCAUCAUGCAUUAACUGCACCACAAACUUCAUUACAGCAGGCAGUGGUUCAACAAACUCAUCGGACUGUUUUAUUAGUUGUAGACCCGGCAGCUACAGACCACCAUACAGCAAAACAGAAUGUCUCAAGUGUCCUUUCGACUGGUACCAGAAUGUCAGCAAUGCUACAGAGUGCAUAGCUUGUCCUGGAGGUUUCGUCACUCAGCAGGACGGGUCCACCCUAGAGACAGACUGCUUGCCAAAAUGCACGCUGGGUGAAUAUCUCAACAUCUCUGCUCGCACCUGUUCUCCAUGUCCUGUGGGUACAUACAACCAGAUUGGCAGUAACGUUACGGUCUGCACUUCAUGUCCUGAGAACAAGAUUACCAUUGGCACUGGAGCACGAUCUAUUGAUGCAUGCAAUAUCACGGACUGUGUUUUGGGGCAGUACCGGACAAAUGAAGGUUGCAUGAACUGUCCAAAGGGAAGUUACCAGCCACUUAAGUCGCAGGACAGUUGUAUAAAGUGUCCUCCAGGGAAUACCACCCUCCUUACAGGACAAGUUUAUGAAUCAGCUUGCAUUGAUGAUUGCCCUGAUGGGACAGCUUAUAGCAUGAUUGCAAUGAAUGUGAACGAUGCAUUAUUGGAUAUUACCGCAAAAAGACUGAAACAGUGGGCUGCGUCAAGUGUUCUUCGGGAAAAACAACAGUUAACCAAGGAGCAAGCAGCUGUGUUGAUAGUGUGUCAGGCACUACAACUACACCCAGUCGUGUUGUGCAAAGAUAUGUCUUGAAAGUAACCAUUAGAAUGCAGAUUGAAGAUUGCAGCAACCCUGUGCAGAUGAAAGAUGUUAUCCAACGAUAUAUCCUGAACAGACUUCAAUAUGUUGAUACAAUGUUCCCAGCACUAUGUGCAGGAGAUUGUGGAACUGAUCUAAGCUGUCGCUUCCUUACCGGCUGUCUGUCCUCUUCACAGAGAAAGAAACGAAGCUCAACCCAAGAUGUUGAGAUGCAACUCAAUAAUGUCACUGAUGAGAUUUCAGGAAUUGGCACUAGUGGACAGUAUGUCACGGAGAAAUGUCUGGCUGUUGUUACAAGAGCCUUCUAUGACACAAAGAUGGAUGCAUCUCUCCUGGCUGAAAACAGACAGUCAUUUGUUGACGUCGUUUAUGCUACAGCAGAACAGCAGUGUAACCCUGGUCAGCAUUUAGAGAACAUAUAUGUGAGGACUGCCCUGCUGGAUCUUUCUCAACUGAUGGAGCUUCUGCGUGUAAACCAUGUGAAAUGAAUACUUACCAAGAGGCAUCAGGCCAGACAUCCUGCAAACCUUGCUCAGCCAAGACCUACACAAGUACCGCAGCAUCUACUUCCAUCAGAAACUGCACCAAACUUUGUGAUAGACCAAAUGCAAGACAGACAUACUGCUCAGAUCAUGGUACUUGUGUCUUUGAUGAAACGACAGAUAACGGUGUCAUGUGUAAAUGUGAUGAUAACUGGUCCAACAAUGACUGUAACACCAGACAAGCAUAUGAAGACAAGCAGAUACAAAUGGUUGCUGGCAUCAUUGGCGGUCUUGCUGGUCUCUUAGUGCUAGUUCUUGUGAUCGUCGGCAUUGUAAUAUGUAUGAAAAGGGCAACAAAGCAGAAGAAGAAUAAAGAAUUACUCCAAGAUGAUAUGUACUCAGAUAUGUACCAGAGUUACAAUGCACCAUUACGUGAGAACCAUGCCUUGCCUCAGAGGUCCAUUAUGUAUCUGAACCCAUCAGCUGAUGAUGAAGUAACAAUGGCUGCUCCGUCCGUUCGCAGUAACAGAAAGCGAUCCAGUUCAUAUGAGUGGAA